UGGCAACACAUUCACUGGCAACAAACAAUCCCUCCAGAGUCACUUGAGAUUUUUGAGUGGUGUGCAGGUGUAAAGUGUGAAAAUUAAAGAUGCAGUUGAAGUUCCUGAAGACUGUGGUCGAAGCCCAGGACAAACUGAAUCGGGUGGCAGCUCUGUCAUGGUCCGCCAACAAUCAGAAGCUGGCUGUAGCCACUGCAGACCGAAUGAUUUUGCUCUUUGACGAGAACGGUGACCGGAGGGACAAGUUUUCCACGAAGCCGAGUGAUCCGGCAAAUGGGAAGACAUCCUACGUUAUCCGAGGAUUAGCCUUUAGUCCUGACUCAACCCGUCUGGCUGUGGCCCAAAGUGACAAUAUUGUUUUUGUGUACAAACUGGGAGAGGGUUGGAAUGAGAAGAAGGUCAUCUGCAAUAAAUUCCCACAGCCUGCAUCUGUUACGUGCUUGGUGUGGCUAACUUGUGGAACAAUUGUGGCUGGACUGGAGGAUGGUCGGGUGCGUGCUUUGCACAGCAAGAACAAUAAAUCCCAGAACAUGUACGGAGCUGAGAGCUAUACUGUGUCCCUCGUUUCAAAUCCCCGUGGAACUGGUGUCCUCAGUGGUCAUGAAGAUGGCUCAAUUGUACGUUUCUUUGUCGUCGAGGAGUUCGGGGAUGUAUCUGGAAGAGUCACUCAACACCCCGUAUCCCCAGUCGCACUUGCAUGGACUCAUGCUGGGUUUAUGGCCGCCGGCUCUGACCGGAAGGUUUCCUUCUAUGACGAUCAGGGCAAAACGUCACGUAUCUUCGAUUUCUCGAGGGAUGAUUCAGAACGGGAGUUUAUGAUUGGAGCAUCAAGUCCUAAUGGGCAGACUGUGGCCGUGGGAAGUUUCGACCGAGUAAGGAUAUAUACUUGGAGCUCAAGACAGAAUACGUGGAAUGAGACAGCUGUCAAGGAAAUUCGCAAUUUAUACUCGGUAACAGCACUGGCAUGGAGACGAGAUGGUGCCAGAUUAACAAUUGGAUCACUUUGCGGAGCUGUUCUUACAUUUGAAUCAGUUUUGCGACGAACAGUUUGGCAAGACAAGUUUGAGCUGACUUUUGUAGCUCCAAGCCAGAUUCUCCUGAAGUCUCUGCAGGAACCUUCAGACACCUUGUCGAUUGAAUCUGAUCUAGGAAUGGAGAUUGAUGAUGUCAGAAUCAUGGGGAAGGAUAGCUACUUGGUGGCCAGAACAGACGAGUCCCUGAUUCUAUGUGAUCUCAUACGAGGUCUCACCAGUGAAGUAGCCUGGACAACAUCAGGAAGACAUGAGAGGUUCUAUUUUGAGAAUCCUAAUGUUUGUCUGGUGUUCAAUGCUGGAGAACUCUCCCUGAUUGAGUACGGAGAUCAUUAUAUUUUGGGUUCAGUUCGGACUGAGUUUGUAAAUCCGCAUGUGAUCUCUGUGCGUCUCAAUGAAAGAGGAACAUCCAGGGAUAAUAAAAAAUUAGCUUACUUACUCGACAUGAAGACGAUUUGUGUAGUGGAUCUUGUUACUCAAUCCACAAUCACUCAAAUUUCUCAUGAUUCCAAAAUUGACUGGAUUGAACUCAAUGAGACUGGACACAAACUUCUUUUCCGGGACAAGAAGAUGCGUUUGAUGCUUGUUGAUAUCGCCACGAGCAGGAAGCAGACUCUUUUGGGGAAGGUUUCUUUCGUCCAGUGGGUUAUUCAGAGUGAUGUGGCGGUGGCUCAGAGUGAUGCUAAUCUGGUUGUUUGGUACAAUAUCGAUAUGCCAGAACAUGUAACAAUUAUGCCGAUUCGAGGGGAAAUUGUGGAUGUUGUCAGGGAAGAUGGGAAAACUGAAGUGCAUGCAAUUGAGGGCUCUACAAAUCAUAUUUAUGCCCUGGAUGAGGGGCUUGUGGAAUUUGGCACUGCGGUCAAUGAUAGUGAUUUUGGCAGAGCAAUCCUCUUCCUGGAAUCCCUGGGCGAUCGGCCAGCAGCCACUGCAAUGUGGCAUAAUUUGGCCAAUAUUGCUCUGAGGGAGAAGAACUUAAGGGUGGCUCAGAGAUGCUUUGCUGCUCUUGGAAAUGCAUCGAAGACCUUCUAUUUGGCAGAAAUAAUCAAAAUUGCUGACAAGUACGAGGAGAGUCAUCAACCAGGUUCAGGUAUUGAAUGUGCAGAAGUGAGAGCUCGUUUAGCACUUCUAAAUGCAGACUUGAGAACUGCUGAGAGGAUUUAUUUGGAACAGGGGGACAUUGAAUCUGCCCUGGAAAUGUAUAAGAAAUUGGGAAGAUGGUCAGAUGCCAUAAAAUUGGCCGCAAGAAGGGGAUAUCAUGGAUUAAAGGAGCUCGAGGAAGCCCAAAUGGCCCAUCUACUAAAUUCAGGGCAAGAAGAAGAAGCCGGAAAAGUACUUGAAGAUCGAGGUGAUUGCGACAGAGCCAUGACCUUAUAUUUGAAAGCUAAAAAACCAGCAAAAGCUGCAAGAUUAGCUCUCAAGCAUACUUAUUUAUUGCAAAAUGAAGAGCUAAUGUCCCGUGUUUCCACAGCUCUGGUGAAAUCAGAGCUGUUUGAACUGGCCGGAGAUUUGGCACACAAAAUGGACAAGGCGGAAAUUGCCCUUACAAUGUACAGGAAGGCGGGUGCUUACGCAAGGGCAAUUGAUUUGGCGCGAUUUGUAGCACCGGAUGAGGUGACAAAUUUGGAGGAGAGUUGGGGUGAUUGGCUUGUGGCGAAGCGUCAAAUGGAUGCCUCAAUCAGCCACUAUAUUGAAGCAGGAGCCACCCUGAAAGCCUUAGAAGCGGCUGUUGCAGCUAAACAAUGGCGUAAAGCCGUGCAAAUUGCUAAAGUUCUAGACGAUCCGGAUGAGAUAAAAAAGUACGCGUUAGAUUUGUCGACACAUUUAGCCAAUGCUGGAGAUAUUUCAGGGGCUGAGGGAUUGCUGGUCCGAGCGGAAUUGUAUAAAGAAGCUGUUGAGUUCUUAAACAAGCACGGAAAAUGGGAAGAAGCUUAUGAAAUUGCUGAAAAGUAUUUGGAUCAACAGGAAGCGAGGAAGAUGUUCAUUGAUUUAUCGGUUAAGCUAGAAGAAGAGGGAAAAUUCAGGGAUGCUGAAAAAGUUCUCAUUGCCAUUGAAGAACCGGAUCUAGCCAUUGCAAUGUACAAGAGAUUAGAGCAUUACGAUGCAAUGAUCCGACUUGUUGAGCGAUACCAUCGAGAUCUAUUGGAGAAUACUCAUCUUCACUUGGCCAGACAGUUGGAAUCCAAGAACAGACAUAAGCAAGCUGAAGUUCACUUUUUGGCCGGAGGAGAUUGGAAAUCAGUUGUCCACAUGUACUGUACCGUAAAUAAGUGGGAGGAUGCCUAUCGGGUUGCCAAGCAAAAAGGUGGAGACGGAGCAAGCAACCAGGUGGCAUUCAUGUGGGCCAAGUCUUUACCUAUUGAAGGCGCGGCUAGACUUCUAACCAAAAUGGGUCUCCUGGACAGUGCUCUUCAAUUCUCCUGCGAAGCUGGUCAGUUUGAUUUCGCCCUGGAACUAUGCAGGGUCACCGGCAAAUCUACGGAAGAGAUUCAUCUAAGAAUGGCUAUGGCACUUGAAGAUGAAGGAAAGUUCCAAGAAGCUGAGAAAGAGUUCAUCUUGGCUAAGAAGCCUCGGGAAGCUAUUCUAAUGUAUAGUCAUGGAGGAGACUGGCAAAGUGCCCUACAAGUAGCUGAAAAUCACGCUCCUGAAGCUAUUAAUGAAGUCCUAAUGAACCAAGCUGCUGCAGCAUUAGAUGCUAGAAAUUACACAGAAUAUGAAGCCCUAAUGAUUAGAGCUGAGAAACCUGAUUUAGUCCUACAGCAUUACAAAGAAUACGGAAUGUGGCAUGACGCUCUAAGAAUUGCUAAGGAAUAUCUUCCGGCUGCAGUUAAUGAGAUCCAACAGUUGCAACAAAAGGAAGCUAGAGCUUCUUCAUCAGCUGACUCUAAAGCCCUGCUAGCUAGAGCAACUGAACAUGCAAGGAAUGAGGAAUUUAGGAAAGCUGCCGAUUGUCUCUUGGAGAUCAAUGCCACGAAUGCAGAUCGGGUUACUGAAGAACGGGCCAUGAUCCGAGCUGCUGAAAUCUGUAAUCAGUUUCUAGAAGGCACUGAUUCAGUUGAAGUAGCUAGGGAAUUGGGUCCGAGAUUAGUUGACCAUGGUCAAAUUGGUCCAGCUGCUCAAUUGUAUCUGGCCGCUGAGAUGCCAAAGGAAGCAGUUGAUGUCUUCAUUCAGAGUGAGAACUGGGCCAAGGCAAGACGCCUUGCUAAGGAAAUUGAUCCCCAGCUCGUGAUAUAUGUUGAGCAGCAGCAAAAGAAUCGACUGAAGAAUGAAGGCAAUGUUGAACAAUUGGCAGAUAUAGACAUCAACGGAGCUUUGGACCUCUUGGCCGAGCAAGGUCAAUGGACCAGAUGCAUCGAGAAAGCUAAGCAACACAGCAGUCCUAUCCUGCAAAAGUACCUAGCUCUCUAUGCAGCUCAACUAAUCCGAGAUGGAGAUUGUACUGCAGCUUUGAAUCUCUAUCUAAAUCAUGGCAUUACGGCAAAUCCUCAGAACUUCAAUAUCUACAACCGAAUCGCUGUGGAAUGUCUUGGUUUGCGAGAACCAGACGGACAGUCAGUCUGGAGAAACCUACGAAACUUCCUCUAUCAGCUAAUUCAGGUUUUGAGAGCAACUGAGGGAACAGAGCCAGAUGUCUUGGACCGAUUUGACUUGUUGCUCCUCAUUGCUCACUACUACACUACAAGAGCUGCUUGUCGUCAGGUUCCUGCUCUUCAAACCAUAGGUGUUAGGAUCUCAACGGCUUUGUUGCGCUACACAGAGAUCAUUCCAGUUGACAAGGGAUUCUAUGAGGCAGGGAUGGACCUUAGGGGAAUGGGAAGGGAAUCUGAAGCUUUUGUUAUUUUGAAUCACUACCUGGAUGUUUGUGAAGCCAUUGAGGAGGGAUCUGGAAAUCUUGUCGAUCACUCAGAUCUUGCUGCAACGGACUUUCCGAGUUCAGUGCCCAUCCCAGCUGAUCUGCACUUGAAGAACGAACUGCAGUUGCAUGAGGAAGUUAGGGAGUGGGUUUUAGCUGUCAGCAUGGAUCAGCGUGUGGACCAGUCCUUACCCACGGAUGAUCGUAAUCUCUACGAAUCGAGCCUAGGACUUUCCGAUCAAUCUUGCGUUGUAUCGGGAUAUCCAGUUGCAACAAGGCAACCAGUUAUUUUUCAAAGAAGCCACCGCAUGGCCAACCGUGAUGCCUGGAGUAAGUUAACAGUAGCAGCCAAGAUGGCGCCCCAUUCGGAUGUUCCAGGACUGAUUGAAUUCGUAGAAAACUGGUGCGGUCCUGCAAACUUUAUUUCCAAUUAGGAAAUUCAAAUACUUAAUGAAAAUACGGUAUGAAUAUUUAGAAACUA